AUAGCGACCUAAAUAAUAAGAGACAACCACGAUCUUCCCCUUAUUUUCUCUCUUUCGAUUUCGAUAAGCCCCCUCUCCUCUCUCUCCUUCCCCCAGCCUGUCUGGAGAGCCGGCACACACCUCGUGAAUCCGAACCCUCCGUCGCCGACGGCCUACUCUGGGUGAUGCGCCGUCGAAGCCCCAAACGAUCGACCCCAAUCCCUGCUUCGCAGCCGUUGAUUUCUCGCUGGAGGCCGUGAACUCUUGUGAAAUUACACAUAAAGCCAUCUGACAAAAAUUCAAAAAUCUGCCCUCCCUCCUACGAUUCCUGAACCCCCACGCCGACGCACAAUCACUUUCUCCGAUCGCCGCUUCCUAUCUAAGAUUAUUAGUUUUCAUCGCUUCCAUUAGUGAUAGCUUGUAGUGGAUUUGGAGAGAUUUCCAUGUGAGAGGAGGCGAGAUGGCAUACUUCAGGAACUUCGAUGAAAACAUGGAUUCCAGUCAAGACUUGAAUGGGAAGGAUGGUGGACGUGAAGCUGAUGGAGCAUAUGGAUCUCCGGGAACUAGAGACAUGGAUGCUAGUUUUGGUGAGAAGGAGGUUGACAAGAAGGCUGCAGGGCAGUACCAAAGUGAGGAGGAGCCAUAUGAUGCUGGUGGGCUACAAAGUGAUAUGUGUGGCAUGAAUGGUAUGGCAAAGGCUGGAAGAAGAUUAAAUCCUGCUGGUACUUGGGGUUCAAGCUUUUGGAAAGAUUGCCAACCAAUGUGGGCUUCUAAUGAGGAUAAUUAUGAUUCUAUGAAAGUUGAAGAAAGGCCUGAUUGUGACUCUAAGAAAGUUGAAGUAGAAUCUCUUGGCUAUUCUUGUGAUGACUCGGAUGGUCAGAGAGAUGAAGAUCAUUUGCAGAGAGGACAAGCUGAUGUGCCUGCAGAUGAGAUGCUUUCUGAUGAUUAUUAUGAGCAAGAUGGUGAAGAGAAUAGUGAUUCUUUUCAUGGUCGGGGUCUGAGCCAGCCUAGCACCUCCGGUUCAAGAUUGCCACCCAAGUCAACCUCUUCCAAUAGAAACAGUUCUAAGAGUUUAGAAGCAGUAAAAUUUGAUGAAUAUGAUGAGGAUGAGGAUUAUGAAGAAGAAGAUGAAGAAAAUGAAGGAGAUGAAGACGACCCUGAUGAUGUUGAUUUUGAGCCUGAAUUUGAUGAAACAAAUAGGCACACAAGAAGCAAGGUUAAAAUGUCAGAGAGUGAUGAAUUUGAGGAGGAUGAUGCAGAUGAUGAAGAUGAUGACCUUGACCUCUCGGAGGAAGAUGAUAUAGAAGAAUGCACAAGUUUUAAACGACAAAGAGCAAGGCGGAAAACUGGGCAAAGAUCAAAGGGAUCAAAAGAAAGCAAAUCCAUUCAUAUCAAUAGACGGAAAAGAGGGAGAGCUUUUUCAGAAGAAGCUGAAUCUUUUGAAGAUGAUUCAGAAGAGGACAUCGAUGGGUACUUCGAUCUAAAAAUAAAGAGGGCGCCUCAGUCACGUAAUAAAAAGAUUGGUUCACGAUUAACCACAUCAGCAAUUAUGAGCUCCCCGAGGAAUGAGGUUCGACAUUCUGUUAGGUCUGUGAGAAAGGUCUCUUAUGUUGAAAGUGAGGAAAGUGAGGAUAUUGAUGAAGAUAAGCUAAACAAGUCCCAAAAGGAAGAAGCUGAAGAAGAUGAUAGUGAUUCAAUUGAGAGGGUACUUUGGCACCAAACAAAGGGGAUUGCUGAAGAAGCUGCAAAGAACUAUAGAUCAACUUUACCUUCAGUGAUGAGUGUAGUGUCAGAAUCAGAACCUAAUUGGAAUGAUGUUGAAUUCUAUAUUAAAUGGAAAGGGCAGUCAUAUUUACAUUGUGAAUGGAAGCCAUUCUCUGAUCUCCAAAAUCUUACUGGAUUCAAAAAGGUUUUAAAUUAUAUGAAAAAGGCAAAUGAAGAGCGAAUCAACAAAAGGGCUCUGUCACGUGAAGAGGCUGAGGUUCAUGAUGUUAGCAAAGAAAUGGAGCUUGAUCUUAUCAAACAGUAUAGUCAGGUGGAGCGAGUAUUUGCUGAUAGAAUCAGCAAAACUGGAAAUGAUGAUGUGGUAACUGAAUAUUUAGUGAAAUGGCAAGGUUUACCUUAUGCUGAAGCAACCUGGGAAAAGGAUACAGAUAUUGCAUUUGCUCAAGAUAGCAUUGAUGAAUUUAAGGCUCGUGAAGCUGCCAUGACCGUGCAAGGAAAGCUGGUCGACUUUCAGAGGCGAAAGAGCAAAGCUAGUUUACGGAGGCUUGAUGAGCAACCUGAUUGGUUGAAAGGAGGCAAACUACGUGAUUAUCAGCUUGAGGGAUUGAACUUUCUGGUCAAUAGUUGGAGAAAUGAUACAAAUGUCAUUUUAGCUGAUGAAAUGGGUCUUGGUAAAACGGUGCAAUCAGUUUCUAUGUUAGGGUUUCUUCAGUAUGCUCAACAAAUUCAUGGUCCAUUUCUUGUUGUUGUUCCUCUUUCAACUUUAUCUAAUUGGGCAAAGGAAUUUAAGAAGUGGCUCCCUGAAAUGAAUAUAGUUGUAUAUGUUGGAAAUCGUGCUAGCAGAGAGGUUUGUCAGCAGUAUGAGUUUAAUAAUAACAAUGGAAGUAGCAGACACAUUAAAUUUAAUACGUUGUUGACAACAUAUGAAGUUCUAUUGAAAGACAAAGCCGUGCUUUCUAAGAUCAGAUGGAACUACCUUAUGGUUGAUGAGGCUCAUAGGCUGAAGAAUAGCGAGGCAUCAUUAUACACAACUUUGUCGGAAUUUAGUACAAAGAACAAGCUUCUUGUUACUGGCACUCCUCUGCAAAACAGUGUUGAGGAGCUAUGGGCUCUUCUACAUUUUCUUGAUGCUGGAAAGUUUAGCAGCAAAGAUGAUUUUGUUGAAAAUUACAAAAAUCUAAGUUCUUUCAAUGAAAUUGAGCUAGCUAAUCUACACAAGGAAUUGCGGCCACACAUUCUACGAAGAGUUAUAAAGGAUGUGGAGAAAUCUUUGCCCCCCAAAAUUGAGCGCAUCCUUCGAGUGGAAAUGUCUCCUCUUCAGAAACAGUAUUACAAGUGGAUAUUGGAGCGUAACUUCCAUAAUCUCAAUAAAGGAGUUCGUGGAAAUCAGGUGUCACUCUUAAACAUUGUCGUGGAAUUGAAAAAAUGUUGCAAUCAUCCUUUCUUGUUUGAGAGCGCAGAUCAUGGUUAUGGUGGGGACAAUGGUAGUGAUAGCAAUAAAGUUGAGCGCAUUGUUUUGAGCAGUGGGAAGCUAGUUAUACUUGAUAAAUUGUUGCUUCGUCUUCGAGAAACAAAUCACCGCGUUCUUAUUUUCUCUCAGAUGGUUAGGAUGUUGGACAUACUUGCCGAGUAUUUAGCACUUCGAGGUUUUCAGUUCCAAAGGCUUGAUGGUAGCACUAGGGCUGAUCUCAGACAUCAGGCAAUGGAGCAUUUUAAUGCACCUGGAAGUGAGGAUUUUUGUUUCCUGCUGUCUACGCGUGCAGGUGGGCUGGGAAUAAAUCUUGCUACUGCAGAUACUGUUAUUAUUUUCGACUCAGACUGGAAUCCCCAGAAUGACUUGCAGGCAAUGAGCAGAGCCCAUAGAAUUGGACAGCAAGAAGUUGUAAACAUUUACCGUUUUGUUACAAGUAGAAGUGUUGAGGAGGAAAUUUUGGAGCGCGCUAAGAAAAAAAUGGUCCUUGAUCAUUUGGUUAUUCAAAAGUUAAAUGCUGAGGGUAGGCUGGAAAAGAAAGAGACUAAGAAAGGAAGUUCUUUAUUUGACAAGAAUGAGCUCUCUGCAAUACUAAAAUUUGGAGCGGAAGAGCUAUUCAAGGAAGAGAAGAAUGAUGAAGAGAGCAAGAAGAGGCUUUUAAGUUUGGACAUUGAUGAAAUUCUUGAAAGAGCUGAGAAAGUUGAAUCUAAGGGAGAUGAUGGGGAGACAGGAAAUGAGUUGCUAAGUGCCUUUAAGGUUGCAAACUUUUGCAGUGCUGAGGAUGACAGCACAUUUUGGAGUCGUUUGAUACAACCGGAAGCUGUUGACCAAGCUAAUGAAUCAUUGGCACCUCGUGCAGCAAGAAAUACUAAAAGCUAUGCUGAACCUAUUCAACCUGAGAUUAAUACCAAGCAGAAGAAGAGAGUCCCUCUGUCUCGAGAUAGAAAUCAGAAGCGUUCUGCCAAAGCUACAGAUGCUCCAACCUAUUCGUUGCCAAUGAUUGAGGGUGCAGUUGCUCAAGUAAGAGGAUGGUCCUAUGGGAACUUAACCAAGAAAGAUGCUUCCCAUUUUGCUCGUUCGGUUAAGAAAUUUGGAAUUCAGAGCCAGAUUGGCUUAAUAGUGGCUGAUGUUGGUGGUAUAGUUGAGUCAGCUUCCAUUGAAGCCCAGAUAGAGCUUUUUGAUUUGUUGAUAGAUGGCUGCAGAGAAGCAGUCAAAGAAGGAAACUUGGAUGUCAAGGGAACCAUAUUAGAUUUUUUUGGUGUAGCUAUCAAGGCUUAUGAAGUGCUAAAUCGUGUGGAAGAGCUUCAGCUUUUAGCAAAGCGCAUUAAACCAUACAAAGAUCCAGUUGCUCAGUUUCGCCUGGUUACACAACAUAAAAGCCCACAGUGGUCCAAAAGCUGUGGAUGGAAUUCAGUUGAUGAUGCACGAUUACUUCUUGGGGUGCACUAUCAUGGAUUUGGAAACUGGGAAAAAAUCAGAUUAGAUCCAAAGCUUGGCCUUGCGAGGAAAAUUGCUCCAGCAAAUCUUGGGGAAAGAGAGACAUUUUUGCCUCGUGCUCCUAACUUGGAUAACCGUGCAAGUGCUCUUCUGCAAAAGGAGUUUGCAAAUGUUAAUGGUAAGAUUUCAAAAGCUAAAGGGUCUCAGAAAGCUUCCAAAAAGGAAGAAAAUGCAAUGAAAACAAAACAGUCGAAGGACGUGAGCUGGAAAGAAAGUUCACCUGGAUUGCAUUCCAGAGCUAAGAAAGUGUCACAUAAUAAGCGCCGGAAAGUUGAACCUACGGUUAAGGAAGAAGGUGAAUUGUCAGAGUCCGAACAAGAGCGGUACCAGCAGUUCAAAGAAGAAAAAUGGAUGGAAUGGUGUGCAGAUGUCAUGGAAGAGGAAGUGCAAACAUUAAGGCGCCUGGAAAGGUUGCAGACAACCAGUUUAAAUCUUCCAAAAGAGAAGGUUCUGGCUAGAAUUAGAAAAUAUUUACAACUUUUGGGUAGAAAGAUUGACAAGAUUGUUCAACAGCAUGAAUUAUCAUAUAAACAAUCUAAAAUGUAUAUAAGGUUGUGGAAUUAUGUGUCUACAUUCUCAAAUUUAUCGGGAGAAAGAUUACAUGAGAUCUAUUCAAAACUUAAAAAUGAGCAAGGUGAAGGUGGGUUUGGACACUCCUACUUAAAUAGUUCAGCGGCGGGAACCUCUGACAGGAGUGUCGGUACUAGUCAGCCCACCUCUUUCAACACUGAUUUCCGUGGUAGGAGCAAUAAACCUCAUCAGUUUCGGUCCCAACAUUCUGAAACAUUUCACAAAAAUCAUGGCACACCAAAAUCAGAGGCUUGGAAACGUCGGAGAAGAGCAGACAUUGAUAACCAAGUUCAAAACCAGCAAUUUCACCAUCACCCAGCAAUGAAUAAUGGAGCUCGUUUGCUUGAGCCAAACAACUCAGCUGGAAUUCUUGGUUGGGGUCCACCCGAAAUGCGGCGAUUUAGUCAGGAAAAACCAAGUAGAACACAUGUAGGACGUUACCCUUCAAUUCAAAGACCGCCGGCCUGACCUGAGUUAGUUGGUUGGUUAUCAUCAUUUGAUGGCCAAAGAUGUGCAAGGCAGCAAUGGCUGCUUCAACCUGGAGAGGUGCCACGGCGCCACCGGAUAAUUUUUGCUCUUGAUAAUAAGGUUUACUGAUCCCAUCUUGUGAUCUACUUACUUGCGUGAAGCUGCUGUUCUGGUUGAGGAGGCUUAUAUGUUAGCAGAUUCCACAUUUUUUUCUUACGAUGAUAAAAGGGCGAAAGCCUGAUCUCAAAGUUCCAAGGGCUUUUGCAGGUUCAGACAACAGAUAGUCGCCCAAUUUUGAAGGGGUGAGUUCUGUAACAAUACAUCAGCAGUAAUAUUUUGACUAUGGUGAAGCAAUAAAGAUAACUGCUUCACAUCUAGAAAGAUCAAAUCAAAUCUAUACAUGUUUCCAUUCUAUGAACAUUGAAUAGAUUGAACAAAUUUUCAUAAAUUAUUUUUUUAGUUGAAUUUGCUUAUUCUUAAUAACCUGCAUCUAUUUUUAUGUAAUGGAUUUUAUCAGGUUGUAUAGCCAUUAAUCUUUGUCGUUUAAUGAAUUAUUAAGUGCA